GGUGGGAUGUUUCAUUGUGUGUCAAUAUGGGGCAGGGGUGAUAUGCGGACGGUUGCAGCUAUUUUGGACACACAGAGGAGCACUAGAGGGCGGAAACAGCACUUUUUUUUUUUUUACACAUAAUAUGAGGAAACUAUUCUGUUCCUGUUAAGCACGCGCCUCUGCACAGGGCAUUAUUCUUAAAUCUUAUGAGUACAAUGUAUCUUUAACACUUUAAUACAGACAGCCAAACACAUAACAACAAUUAUCUUCAAGCUUAAAUGUAUGUGGAGAUGUUGGGCUUUCAGGGAAUGUAAUGCAGCAGAAGUCUUUGUACAUGUGCAGCAUGAAAUACAAUCCUUCCUCCUGGUCACAUUUAGAGCUGAUGGCAGUUCUUCAGCUGAACACAUCCCGCCAUCCGGAGUAGCGUUACAGUAUAAUCUGCCUGAGUGUGUGACACCCAUGUUUCUCUACAUGCUAAUCUUCAUGGCGUAUCAUAGCAGCAGAUGGAUACCGAGGAAUCAGAGGCUAAAAUUUCAAAUAGUGAAUGCAGUGUUCACAGCACUUGUCCUGGUCCCUCAGUUCUACGUCAUGGGAAGGCCAAAAUCCUCAAGAUACUGUAGGCAGCCUCUUCUGAACAACCUGUCAGCCUCAAUUGCCUUGUCCUUUAUAGCUUCAGGUAAAUCCCAUCACAUCAGACACAUUUCAAAAACACAUGCAUUACAUACCACAAGCAAAAAAAGGAUUAAUAUAGACAUAACUUCAACUCUUUCAAUAGGGUUUUCAGUGAUAUUCACAUUGAUAGACCCAGUUCCUCAGAGCUUGUGGGCCUCCUAUCAUGUGUUUGGGCUGCUGACAUGUGGACAAGGACUAUGCACGACCAUCCUGACUCUGACAGCAGCAGCAUGUGCCAAAACCACCCCUGAGCUGUACUACAUUUCCCUGAUUUUAACUGUCGCUUCUAUUUUAAGUACAGGUUUCUUCAUGGUAAGAGGAACGCUCUGGUUGACUAACAGGAAGCAUGCGCCGGAACCGAGCAGAAACAAUGAGCAGUGAAGCAGUCCAGCUCUCCCAUGUCGACAUCUGAUACUCCACCUAUUAAAAUUUCAUGUGGUUUCCACGCCACUAGCAGCUGGUAACUUCAAACCUGGAAUGUGACUUAAUCCUUCUCACGUUUUAAUGCUCACUUCAGAAAAACAUCACAAAGCAGGUGUUUGUCUCAGCUGUUUGCUUUUAUUUGUUGAAAGUGAUAUUUCAUUGAAAAAGUAAAGCUACAUUCCAUACAAUCCUUUAUAUUUCAAUUUGUAACUUUCACACCUAAUGACCCAAACUCUAAAAGAACUGAAACAUUAUAGUAAAAGGAAAUAAUGUAAUAUUACAUCCCAUGGUGCCAAUGUGAUGCAUCUAAGUGCUCACCUCACAGUGCGUGAAAAAUAUAUUUUGUAGAUGUAGUGAGUGUACAUCAAACACGUUUUUAGUCUCAUUUCAGCUUGUUCUUAACAGGCCCAUAAUGUUUGUAUUCUGAGACCGUGAUGCAGGACGAGGUCUCCUCUCUUCAGCUGAAACUAAUGCUCAUCAAGAUGGAUCAAACAAGGGCACAAUAACACGACUGCUGAAACCCAGUCGCUUUAAUUUAGUUAGAAGGCAGAUAAAUCGACCAACCUAUUGAUUGAAAUAAACCUUCUCCUAUUUGGACUCAAUGUCUUAAAAAGCACAGGUAUUAGAUAUUUUAAAUGGAAUGUGAACGGGUCAGGAAUGUGAUGUAUUGUACCAAAUAUUUUCAAUUACCUGAAAUCGAUAACAAAUGUUUGUGUUUCUAUUAUUAGCAUACACAAAAAACAAUACAAUCAAAAAGUGUAGAUUACACAGCAAACUGCACAUCUGCAAAUUAUCAAAAUCACCUGAGAUCAUACAAGAUCAACAACUUUCUGUUUGUAGUAAUUGGUUUUCUGUACAAGUUGUUUCUGACAUCAGAUAUGCAUAUACUGCUAUACAUACAUACGUCGUACUUGUAAAUGUGGACAUGCAUACUUUAUGUAUUUGUCUAGAUUUUCACUCAUCUCACACAAUUAGGCUAAGAUAAACUAUAAAACAAGUCUGCAUAUGCAUUUCACACACCCCCACAGAAAAAUAUUUCAAUGAGGAUUAAACUUCCAAU